GGAGGUAGAUAAAAGACAGCGGGAGGUGGGAAGACCUGAGUGUCCACCAGUCACCCAGCCUGGAGCACCGGGGACCCCUGAGCCCACAACGCAUCUGCUGCCGUCCGACAGAGCUCCUGCCUCGCAGGUCUCGUUCCCCAAAGGGUCCCAGCUACCACCAGCCUAGGUGGGCGUCAGGAUGAAGGCAGCCCGCUUUGUGAUGCGCAGCGCCAGCUCGCUGAGCAGCGCUGGCCUGGUCCCUAGGGAGGUCGAACUAUUCUCGCGCUACAGCCCGUCCCCGCUGUCCAUGAAGCAGCUGCUGGACUUUGGUUCAGAAAAUGCCUGUGAGAGAACCUCGUUUUCUUUUCUGCGGCAAGAGCUGCCCGUGAGACUAGCCAAUAUCCUCAAGGAGAUCGACAUCCUCCCUCAGCGACUGGUGAACACCCCCUCUGUACAGCUGGUGAAGAGCUGGUACAUCCAGAGCCUGCUGGACUUGGUGGAGUUCCAUGAGAAGAGUCCAGAAAACCAGAAAGUUCUAUCAGAUUUUGUAGACACACUCAUCAAAGUUCGAAACAGACAUCAUAAUGUGGUCCCUACGAUGGCUCAAGGGAUCCUUGAGUAUAAAGACACCUGUACACUUGACCCAGUUACCAAUCAAAACCUUCAGUAUUUUUUGGACCGGUUUUAUAUGAACCGAAUUUCUACUCGGAUGCUGAUGAACCAGCACAUCCUUAUAUUCAGUGACUCAAAGACAGGAAACCCAAGUCACAUUGGAAGCAUUGACCCAAGCUGUGAUGUGGUGGCAGUGGUCCAAGAUGCCUUUGAGUGUGCAAAGAUGCUCUGCGAUCAGUAUUAUCUGACAUCGCCAGAAUUAAAACUCACACAAGUGAAUGGCAAGUUUCCAGGCCAACCAAUUCACAUCGUGUAUGUUCCUUCCCAUCUUCACCACAUGCUCUUUGAACUCUUCAAGAACGCCAUGAGGGCCACAGUUGAGCAUCAGGAAAAUCGCCCUUCCCUGACACCAGUUGAGGCAACUGUCGUCUUGGGAAAAGAAGACCUUACAAUCAAGAUUUCUGACCGAGGAGGCGGCGUUCCUCUGAGGAUCACUGACAGACUCUUUAGUUACAUGUACUCCACUGCUCCAACACCUGUGAUGGACAAUUCACGGAAUGCCCCUUUGGCUGGUUUCGGCUAUGGCUUGCCAAUUUCUCGUCUCUAUGCCAAGUAUUUUCAAGGCGAUCUGAAUCUCUACUCUAUGUCAGGCUAUGGGACAGACGCCAUCAUCUACUUAAAGGCUUUAUCUUCUGAGUCUGUAGAAAAACUGCCUGUCUUUAACAAGUCAGCCUUCAAACACUACCAGAUGAGCUCUGAAGCCGACGACUGGUGCAUCCCAAGCAAGGAACCAAAAAACCUGGCCAAGGAAAAGGUGGCAGUGUGAAGAGGAACCCGUGGACACAUUAUGGGAUCAAAGUGGGUCUAAGGCAGUGCUGCUUCAUGAGUGUGUGUGGACUCUUGUUUCCGCAAAACAAAACCAGCCAAGCCAAAAAACAAACGCUAGGGCAGACCUUGAUCCAACGGGGGCUGGAGCUUGGUAGUGUGAUCUGGGAAAAAUCAGGGCCUGACUCCAGCAGACAGCAAGUGAGCUGCUCCUCAUUCGGCAAUGCAGAAUGGCUCGUGAUUAUUGCAACUAUUGAGUUAUAUCUCUUUCUAAACAAGUACAGGAUUUGAGGUUUGCAAUUUCAGCUGGUGGAUGCUCUAGAAGUCUCGUUGCCUUCCAAAUACGUUGGUGUUCAGUGAAGAUCACUUAUUGAGACACUGGUGUUCUUCCGCCCCACAGAGAUUAGAGUGUCACUAGAAAUGUGCAGUCAUAGGUGUUGAUGUGUUCUGCAAAGGACAGGAUGGAAGAUGCCAAAGCGCUGUAUCUAACUUGCAGCCUGGGCAGUGCGGUCUAUGUGCAAACUCAGAUGAAAACCUCUUUGGCAGGACAGCUCUAUAUCAUGCAGCCGUUCUUGUUUGGGCUGCAGUCCAUUAGUCAGUGUCCUCGGUUGGUGCCUAGUCUUGAGUGAAUUGUUAAAUACACACCGCACUCAAGAAGCUGGGUUAGAAGGGGAGAUGAAUUGCCAACGUGCAAAAAUUGCAUGUGGUAAGACCCAUGUUAGGAAAGAAAUCACAUCCUAAGAACUUAACUGGGAAAGAAUGGAUGUUCUCUAACUGGAAGUGGUGAAGAAUCUGAAAGCAUCUACUUUCCGGGCUUAAAAACAUGUGAAAUUUACCUUUAAAUUAUAUUCUCUACACU